AUGCGCUGUAAGGUCAUCGCGCGGCCCGGAAGUGGAACGCUAGUGCGUUAAUUGACUGACUAAAGCACGUACGGUCAUUGUUGAAGAUUAUGGCUCAAAUGAGGAAUUUUCCGAGGAGGAGGGAAGGGCCUCUUCCACCUCGACCGCCACCCGCCUGGGACGAGCACCAGGCCUAUGAGGAGCUGCUUUACUGGGAUAAUCUUAUUCAGGAGGGUGUCCGCCUUCACCCUCAGGACUUCGAACGAUAUGAAGAGCUGCGUUAUUGGUAUGACUGCUUGUGUUAUGAGGAAGACCUCAGGCUGUACAAUGAUUACAUAGUUGAGUACAGAAAGUGGGAAGAAGAGCAUUUGCGCCCAGGAGAGCAUCACCCAGUGAAGCCACCACCCCAGCGCACUUUUUUGAAUGAGGAUCGCUACAUCAGGGCCAAGCAUUCUGCUGUGUAUCCAUCAGCAGAUCAGCUGGAUGCGGUGCAGAACGUGGUGUCUCACAUGGAGCAUGGCCUGAAGGCUGUCUCUGAUUGGCUAAAGGAAAAAGAGAGCGAUGCUGCUGGUGCUACUGCAAGUGAUUCGGCUCCGACUAAACUUCGUGGGGUUUUAAGAGUGGGCCUGGUGGCAAAAGGACUCCUGCUGAAAGAAGAUAUGGAUCUAGAGUUGGUCCUUCUCUCCAGAGACAUGCCCACCAGUUCUCUGCUCAGGCUGAUUUCUGGAAAACUCUCAGAGUUCAUAAAGGAUGUUACUGAAGACAAAUACGUCAUCAACCCAUCUAUCCAAAAAGCUGCUAUUAUUGUUACGAGCACAAAGGAGCCUCUUCUGAAACUUACCAUCCAUCUGACAUCGCCCGUUGUCAGGGAGCAGGUUGAAAAAGAGGCAGCUGGAGAACCGUGCGCGGAAAGCUCUCUCCAGGACGCUCUGGACAGGCAGAAAUGCCUGGCUGCUCUGGCGUCUCUCCGCCAGGCCAAGUGGUUCCAGGCUAAAGUUUCCGAACUUGAGUCAUGUGUUAUCGUGAUUCGGAUCUUGCGGGACUUGUGUAACCGUGUUUCAACCUGGGCCCCCCUCAAAGGCUGGGUUCUUGAACUGCUGUGUCAAAAAGCCAUUUCAACCAGCGAAAGGGUGCUGGGACCUGGAGAGGCAUUCCGGAGAGUUCUAGAGUGUCUUGCAUCAGGAAUACUAAUGGAAGAUGGUCCAGGCAUUUCUGAUCCGUGUGAGCGGGAGAGCAACGACGCCGCCACCCAUCUUAACCAGCAACAGCGAGAAGACAUUACCCAGAGUGCACAGUUUGCCUUAAGACUGUCAGCAUUUGGGCAGCUUUACAAAGUGCUUGGAAUGGACCGCCUCACUUCCAAAGCCGCUAGAAUGCUCGGUGAGAAAAUCCCAGUGCCUGAUGCCCCAGUAAAGAGACCAAGGGAAGCUUAUGAAGCAGGAGAUCCUGAUAUGAGGCCGAAGUUUCCAAAGAAAGAAAAGACCGAGCCAGCAAACGCCCUUAUGAAGUUGAACCAGCUGCGACCUGGGACCCUCUACAAGCUGUCAUCACAGACUGGGCCUGAACAUGAACCUCAAUUCACCAUGGCUGUCCAGGUGGACGGGAUAACGUAUGAGGCUACAGGCCCCUCCAAACGCAGCGCCAAGCUUCAUGUAGCCCAGAAAAUUUUGCUGGCACUGGGUGUUCCUAUGUCAGAGAUCAAGACUACUGAUGAAAUUAAGAACCAGGCUGCAGGUGUAGCUGCAGCCCCAAUUGUGAAGUCCGCUUCAGCAGAUGAAGCCACACCCACUGGAUCUGAAGAUGGUGCUGAGGGUGGGCCUAUCCUUACCAAACAUGGCAAAAAUCCUGUCAUGGAGCUCAAUGAGAAGCGCCGAAGCCUGAAAUAUGAGCUUGUUUCUGUCAAGGGACGCUUCAACGACAAGACCUUCACUAUUGAGGUAGAGGUUGAUGGACAGAAAUUCCAAGGCUCUGGAUCGAAUAAGAAAUUAGCCAAAGCCAAUGCAGCACUUGCAGCUUUAGAACAACUCUUUCCAGAGGGUUCUCCUGCAGACCCACUCAAGAAAAAACGAUUUCCUCCCAUGGGUUAUGGCAUGGGCGGUUUGUACAAUGCGGGCAGCCGUGGUAGAGGUAGAGGCCGUGGUAGAGGUAGAGGAAUCAACAACACUGGCUCAAAUUUUGCAGGGUCCUCCGAUAGUGCUAGAGUCGCCCCAACCUCAUCUGUUACCACCUCCAGCACACCUAUGAACACCCAGCAGGACCUGUCGGCAGCCUCUAUCGCAAACGCAGCCACCUACCAGGCUGUCCCUCCUCCUAUGACCAGCUAUUAUAAUCAGUUCAGCCAAUCCUAUUCACAAUUCAAGAAACCCACUAAUGUGGGCCAAAAUCAGAACCUGAACAAAAACUCCAGUCAAGCUCCUCUUGUAGGACCAGACUAUGGCUAUGGAUAUCAGGGUGCUGGCAUGGGUAUGGGGCCACCUGGUGUAACAGGACCCCCUGGUGUGGGACCAACUGAUUUCAAUUAUGCCGCAUACAGUGGACCACCUGGUACAGCAACUUUUGGACCACCUGGUACCACACCCCAGAGUUAUGGCUUUACCCAGAGUGCCUACCCCAACCUGGGUGGCUACAGCAGUGGAGCCAAUAACACGGAGUACACCUACAGAUAAAUAUACCAUGUUUGGUUUCCCAUAUAGGGGAUGUACAGAUGCUUAUUCAAACAAUUAGAAAACAAUUUCUGUAAUUCUGCAUUCACUCUCUAAAGCUUUUGAGAUUUUAUACUGUGUGUUUAUUUUUGACAUUUGAACUGAGCCUCAUCUCAACAGAGUUAGCGUGGUUUUGAUUCACCAUUAGUUUCAGGAAAUAAAAUAUCAGGAUGGUGGAUGUUGCUUUCUGUCUGUUCCUAAAUGGUUUGUGUGAGUCAAGUGGAAGUUUUUAAUGUUGAUGCAUAAUUCUGUUAUUUUUCCCCCCAAGAUAUAUUUAUGACCAUCCUCGUUUUUUUCCGCUCAUCAUAUUUUAGCAGAAUAGAAACCACUUAACUAUUUCUUAAUUUUGAGUUUUAAGAGGUUUGCGUUACUUGAUGUUCAAUCUCAGUAUGGUCAUUUAUGUACAAUGUAGCUAUUCACUGUUCAAUAGGCAAAUUACAGAACGUUUAUGUUUCUGGAUCAGGUGGAUGUUGUAUGUUAUAACGCUGACCAGUGCAGAAAUAAACUUUUCUUUUUAGUUGUUUCGUUGAGUCAUUGCCAAAACUGAAAAAACCUUCAUACCCAGCAAACAGUGACUACGUUUAUAUGGACACCAGAAAGUGGGUUAUUGCGAGAAAGCAGCGUUCUUGUUUACGUGCAUUGUUCAAGUGGCAUACUCUUUACUCCCGUAUACAUGAGGCUCAGUCAGUAAGCAGCUUUCUCCAGAGCAACGUAAAUUCCCCGCAAUGCUUGUGUUAAUAUCAAACAUGGUAUCCGCGCAAGACUUCAUUAUUUUGUUCUCUGUUGCUUCGCUUUAUUUCCAGAUAUUCCAGAGUUGUUGCCGUGUUUGUUUCCUUACCUUUCUAUCACGACCUGCAGUGGAAUUGCGAUGCAAUAGUGGGGUUUCCUUUUAUGUAAAACUCUUGUAUUCUUCAUUGUACAAGUGCAUAAAUGGAAACGCAAGGGACCGUCGAUAUUUUACAGUGAUGUUUAUAAAUGGGUAUGGAUAUGUGUUCCACGCACAUACACACUCUUGGAAAAACCUAUGUGUGCUAAACCGCUUUCACUUAUUAAUCCCUUAAAUGGCGCAAGGAAAUCUGUGUUCUCAUUUACAUGAUGUUUCAGAACGCCACAAAAACCUUGGAAUAGCCCGCUUAAGUGCCUGUAAACAUGGUCACUGAAUGUCCCCCUAACAAUAGCAAAUGGGGAGGGGGAUUUAGAAGGAAACUGCUGCAGGCUGAGCUCAAAAUAGGGGCGGGAGCUCUUAACCCCUAACUCUUUCCCUAAACAUAUGGAAAUGUUGCCUCUUGGAGCUGGCCCAACACCCUUAUGGACUUAUCCCGUCUUCUUUUAAAGAUUUCGCCCCAUUUGGAGAUCUCUGGGCUCCAUUAUCUUUUAAACUAAUAACUUAAUGGUUUCAACCUGAAAGAAUGAAACUUAAUUCACUUUAAAACAUUCACAGCCUCUGCAUUUGUAACUGCUUUUGUUAGUGUAUAAAUAAGGUUAUGGAUGUGAAGGGUUUUAGUUUGUAAAUAUGAAUGCAAAGAAAUUUCAACAUACAAAUGAGUUUAAUUUCUUUUGAGGUAUGUUUAUUUUUUGCAUAGAUUUUAUCUAUGAGGACAUCCUCACACCACCAGCUGUGAUGUCAAGAUUCAAAACUUCUAGAAGCAGGUUUUUCCAAUGUUGUUCCAAAAUAUGAGGGAUGCUGUUGUGUGAAUUGUAUGUAUUUUUUUUUUUUAAAUGAGUUGAACCAAAGUAUCUGUACUUUCUAGGGUACCACUGAGACACCUCUGCUGACAUGGACAUGAUGGCAUUUUAUUUUCCUCUUGUAGAGAACACUAUUUGAUGUUGUGUUCUUGGUUAGGGAGAGGUAAACGGUACAGUUCUGUAUUUGGAAAGGCACUAACGUCUCCCUGCAACAAUGCAUACCUUGUAUGUGCAUUGCAUGUUUUUACAACAGUAUACUGUACAUAAAACUGUGUAUUUAAGUGCUCAUUCUCUUAAGUAUUUGACAAAGGCUUACACAUAAUAUCUAUGUGUGUGUGAAUGGGUAAAGUUACAGAUAACAUCUCCGUGUGUGAACACACAAUCUCUCUUUGUGUGAUCUGAUGAAGAUAGAUAAAUGCAUAUGUCCCAAACUUUAUCUCCCACUUUUUUUCUCCUUGACCUCAACCUCAAUUCCCAGAAAACUGGUACUGCAUUCUUAUUGACACUAUUUACACGCCAUGUACAUGUAAAUUUCUUUCGUGCCUAUUUCUUUUCAUGUCUGCUGGAUGGGUUAUACAGUGCAUCCGGAAAGUAUUCACAGUGCUUCUCUUUUUCCACAUUUUGUUAUGUUACAGCCUUAUUCAAAAAUUGAUUAAAUUCAUUAUUUUCCUAAAAAUUCUACAAACAAUACCCCAUAAUGACAAUGUGAAAUAAGUUUGUUUGAAAUCUUUGCAAAUGUAUUAAAAAUAAAAACGAAAAAAAAAUCACAUGUACAUAAGUAUUCACAGCCUUUGCCAUGGCACUCAAAAUUGAGCUCAGGUGCAUCCUGUAUCCACUGAUCAUCCUUGAGAUGUUUCUACAACUUGAUUUGAGUCCACCUGUGGUAAAUUCAGUUGAAUGGACAUGAUUUGGAAAGGCACACCCCUGUCUAUAUAAGGUCCCACAGUUAACAGUGCAUGUCAGAAUACAAACCAGGCAUGAAGUCGAAGGAAUUGUCUGUAGACCUCCGAGACAGGGUUGUAUCGAGGCACAGAUCUGGGGAAGGGUACAGAAACAUUUCUGCAGCGUUGAAGGUCCCAAUGAGCACAGUGGCCUCCAUCAUCUGUAAACGGAAGUAGUUUGGAACCACCAGGACUCUUCCUAGAGCUGGCCGCCUGGCCAAAUUGAGCGAUUGGGGGAGAAGGACCUUAGUCUUGAUGGUGACCAAGAACCCGAUGGUCACUCUGACAGAGCUCCAGCAUUUCUCUUGACAGCAUCUACAAUAUGCCUUAAAAUACAGUGGCAUGUGUCAGUCGACCAGUCCUGCCUCUAAUAACCGGAAGUGCCACUGGAUGUGCCAAAAUCCAGCAGCAUGUGCCACAAACUCCAGAGGCACCAAAACAUAAUAUGCCAUACCACAAAAUGUUAAUAUCCCUUCUACAUCUAAUGGUACAUCACCGUAAAAAUAUCUCAUUCAAAAGUUACACAUGUUUGUGUUGUUAUCUGUUCUGAUUUGAUCAAAAUAUUACAAAAU